UCUUUCCUCCUCUUCUUCAGCGGCGGUGGGUCGGUGCCGCUGUGUCCCCGGUCUGGCACGUUCCUAGCCUAAUAUUCUCCACGGUGUACAAUUUGAUCCCCCCUUUUUUUAACACAAAACCAAAUAUAUCUCCCCCUUUAAUACGUUUCCGCUCAACAACCUCUAAAACCUCCACCAGAGACCUGUGAAGAUGGCGGUGGUUAGCGGGAUGUCGGGGUCGGCGGUAGCCCGGCUGGAGGGCCGAGAAUUCGAGUACCUGAUGAAGAAAAGGUCGGUGACCAUCGGCCGGAACUCCUCGCAGGGCUCCGUGGACGUCAGCAUGGGACACUCCAGCUUCAUCUCCCGGCGGCACCUGGAGAUCUUCACCGCGGGAGAAGACGGCACCGGCACCGGCGAGUUCUACCUCCGGUGCCUCGGAAAAAACGGGGUGUUUGUUGACGGGGUGUUCCAGAGGAGAGGGGCGCCACCUCUCCAGCUACCACGAAUGUGUUGUUUCCGGUUCCCCAGCACAAGUAUAAAGAUCACGUUCACUGCCCUGUCCAAUGACAAGAAGGAGCCAAGGAACGUGCCGGAAUCACCGGUCAAGCCCGUCCAACCCAAAAUUUCCCCACUGACCAUCAACAUUCCUGACAACAUAGCCCACCUCAUGAGCCCACUGCCUUCACCCACUGGCACCCUCAGUGCGGCGAAUUCCUGUCCUUCGAGUCCGCGGGGGGCGGGACUCUCCAGCUACAGGACGGGCCGCGUCCUGGCCUCUGACCUCAUAGGAGACAACUCCCAUUCGGAAAACGACAAAGAGGCCUCGGGUGAAGACAGCCCAAAGGAUGACUCCAAACCUCCGUAUUCAUAUGCGCAACUAAUAGUCCAAGCUAUCACCAUGGCCCCGGAUAAACAGCUAACGCUGAAUGGAAUAUACACCCACAUCACCAAGAACUACCCCUACUACAGAACAGCUGAUAAAGGCUGGCAGAACUCCAUCCGCCACAACCUGUCCCUGAACCGGUACUUCAUUAAAGUGGCCCGCUCUCAGGAGGAGCCGGGCAAAGGCUCCUUCUGGAGGAUCGACCCCUCCUCCGAGGGCAAGCUGAUAGAACAAGCCUUCAGGAAGCGCCGGCCGAGAGGGGUGCCCUGCUUCAGGACCCCCAUGGGACCUCUCUCCUCCAGGAGCGCUCCGGCUUCUCCCAGCCACACAGGGGCACUGUCUGCCCACUCCAGUGGGGUCCAGACCCCAGACAGCCUGUCCAGAGAGGGGUCCCCCGUCCCCAUGGAGCCAGAGCCAGCCCCGCCACCAGCCCCCGUCCAAACCACUACAGUCCAGCCCAAACUCGCUGUCAUCCAAGAGGCCCGCUUUGCACAGAACUCCACUGGCUCCCACCUCAACAACCAGCCAGUACUGAUUGCCGUGACGCGCCAGAUGCCUCAAACGACCAUGAAGCCUGUGACCUACACCAUGGCGUCGCCAGCCAUCGUAACAACGUCCGUCAGCUCCGCCCCCGUCAUGCAGACGGUGCACGUCGUCCACCAGAUCCCGGCCGUCACUAUGGCAACCGUUGCCGGACAGCCCGCCGCCACAGUGAACCCAAAACCUCAGGAGAACGGAGGCGGAGAGCACCAAGAGAUCAAACUCAAAGUGGGGUCGGUCCCAUCCAUCACAGCCACUUCUAUAGGUGGAGUCAGCCGCAUCAUCCAGACCUCUCAGGCUGCUCCUCUGACAACCGUAACAAUCGUGCAACAAGCCCCGCUCGGUCAGCACCAGCUCCCAAUAAAGGCCAUCACACAGAACGGGACCCACCUGGUCCCCAUCACUACUGCUGCUACCACAGCCGUUGCGAACCCUCUUCACCUCCUGGCGGCCCACGCCUCCGCCUCGGCGUGCCUCCCCACCAAGAGGCAGAACGGAGUGCUGCAAGAGCAACCCCAAUCAAAGAGGGUGAAAACGGGAGAGGGAGAGGAGGGCGGCGAAGCAGCAGCAGCAGCCGCCAACAAUAACGGCACCACGGACAGAGCCGGAGAAGGAGGGGUCAGUGAACAGAUCGGUGACAAGUAGCCUCCCCAACCCGGUCUGCGUCCUGACCUCUCUGCUCUCCUGUACGCAUUGAGCCCUCACACCUUCCACACUCUCACCCCUAUCCCCACACAUCCCUCCAUCAUCUACUCCAAGGUGCCAAAAACAAGAAGAGACUCGGAAGGAAAAACACCUGCAGGACUUACAGAAUGUUCAAAAAACCUCCUCCUCAAAUCCUCUUCCAUAUAUUUAAGACCACGUAAUACGAUGCAAAAACUAAAAGACCAAAUUGAAAAUCAAAGAGUUGCUGAUGACUGUGAAUCCCCCCACCCUCUCCCGAAGCUCGAGACCCAGACGGCGAGAAGAAGCACAGGAAGAGAAUUUAAAAAAAAAUUCAUCCAGAUUUUCCGGAUCAAAUUGGACAAAGCGAGGAGUCCUGAAACUCCCCACAGAAACGACGUAAAAGGAGCCUCAUCCUGGUAGCAUUACAGACGGAUAGAGAAAGCAAAACCAAGUGAAAUCAAACCAGUCGUGUAUUCCGCAAAAGGGAAAACGUGUGUGCGUGUGGACAUUCCCAUCUUCGGCAGCUAGCCUCCAUGUCGACCUACCUAACCCCAGUCGUGAGUAGAUAUGCAGUAUUCCGUUGUACAAGUGUAUCUUUGGAUCUUUUUUGAGUGUUUUUUUUUUUUUCCCAAGGCACAGAUAACUAUCUAGUAAUAAUUAAGAGAACUAAAAAGCUAUACGUGGGGUCUUUAAGAACAUUUAAACAUCACAACCUUUCGGGAAUCCCUUUUGUUGUUUUUGUAUGUGGACUCUUUGUUCAGUGAAAUGAAUGUAGUAAAGAAAACACUAUCUAUGGAGUGGAUGUUCUUUUUUUUUUCCUGCUCAUUCAUGCAAAUUUCUUUUUUUUUUUUUUAAUCACUGAACAUCUAUUUUUUUUCAUAUUUUACAAAUAUCCUACGAGAUAAAAAAAAGUAUAUUCCCAUGCGUAUUUGACCAUAUGCUUCGUCGAGCUUGCAUGUUACGGAUCUAGAGACAAUGUACUUGAGCAGAUUAUCUGAAUAUGGAACUGAAGAAAACUUAGACUGAAUCUACGCUAUAUGAUUCUGACCAGUGCUGCACUUAACCCCCUUAGUUGUUGGUUUUUAACCCCCCCUUACCCACUUUUUUUGUAUUUUUAUUUGCUACCCCCCACCCCACCCGUCAUCAUGGGCUGUGUUUGUUACCUUUGUGUUGAAGUUGGCAACUCUGCUUGAUUAUUUUAUUCUGUUCAGGCUACUAAAACAAGUCUAUUCAGAUUGUAUUCUAUGUUACACGAGGAAAAACAAAGUGAUAGGUGUUCGUUCUGCUUCAGUGGGCUUUUUUUUUUUUUUUUAUAAAUUUAUUUAAAA